AUGGGUCGAAAGGCCGAGGUGCAGCGCAUGCUGCUCACCAAGCUCAUGGGACCCGAAGCCAUGGGCGCACCCGCCGCCAACUUGCACUUCACCGAUCCCAAGGUCUGUCGCAAUUUCCUCUGCGGUACCUGUCCACACGACCUAUUCGCCAACACCAAGGUCGAUCUCGGCCCGUGUCCCAAAUCACAUACGCCCAAGUACAAGGACGAAUACCGCAAAGCCCUCGCAUCCGGCGAGCGGUUCCCCGACUUCGAGCGCGAGCACGAGCACAACAUCUUCGCCUUCAUCUCGGACAUCGAUCGCAAGAUCGCCGCCAACAAGCGUCGACUGGAACAGACGCCCGAGGAGUUGGCCAAGUUUGCCAAUAUGAACCGGGAGAUCACCGAGAUCGAGACGGCGCUCGCGGCGGUCAUGGCCGAAGUGGAAGCCCUCGGUGAACAGGGGCAGAUCGAAGAGUCGCUAGCCGAGCUCGCCAAAGCCGACGCAUUGAAGGAAGAGAAGGAGCAGAAGGAGAAGGAGCUGCACAACGCACAGGAGAACUCGGGCGCCAGCGGUCACCAGAAGUUGCGGGUGUGCGAUGUCUGCGGUGCCUACCUGAGCACGUUGGAUUCGGACCGAAGGUUGGCGGACCACUUCGGAGGAAAGAUGCACCUGGGGUAUUUCAGGUUGAGGGAGAUGAUCGGCGAGUUUGAUGAGAGGAGACGUAACCCGAAUGCACCACCGAUGGGAAUGCCUGCAGGUUUGGCGGGAGCAGCACAGCAGAGCAACGGAAGCGCCAAUGGUCGAUCUGGACCGUCACAGCCAGCAGCAUCGACAGCACUCGCAGGACAGCACAGCGGCUCGGGACACAGCUCGUCCAUGUCGCAGAGGGACCACGAACGCGAGCGAGACUUUGAACGGGAGAGGGAACGCAGAGACCGGGAGCGCAAGGAGAGUCGCGAACAGCGUGCGGUCGCCGACACGGAAGAUGAAGGAAAGCGUGGUGGCGGCGAGGAGGGCGAAGUCAAGGAAGAAGAUGGCGAGAUCCUUUCGGACUACAAGCCAAAUCCAAGACCACCCAUUCAGGUCAAGGACGAAGAUCGAAAGCGAAGUCGGUCACCGUCGGGGAGGUAG